AUAUGAGCUAGGUAGAUGAAUGCAGGAAAAAUAGCAUCGCUCCAUUCGGUAUCCAGAAAUAGAUUUUCAAUUCUUCCAUGGCUGAAGAUGAUUAUUGUACAAUUUUUGACAUCUUCAUAUAUAGGUCGUCAACAUGCAACCAUUACCCUACUUCUUCAUUGAGGCUCUCGAACAUCGAAAAAGGUCAAUUUUAUAGUCCCUCCCCCUCCGCGUCGUCGUUAGAUUGUUGUCUCUUCCUAAUUCAACGUCUAUCACCCACACACCCACUCAUUUACUCGAGGUCAAGCUGGACUUGAUUUGAACCGACAUUCAUUAAUUUUAUCUGUCCCCGGUCUCGCCAAUCACGCACGCUACUAACCCCAGUCGCUCAUCGCAAUAUCACGCACUUAGACCGGACUCAACUCUCACCCACCCCACUAUUAUCUAUUAUAUACUGCUGGUACAGUACAAAUGUCAACACAAACCCCCAACGCUCAAUCAUCAACUAGAACGACGAACGUCAACAUGGCUGUCGCUCAACCUAAAGCAAAGGUUCCCAAAGCUGCCCCAGCUACAAAAGGAAAGAUGCAAAUGCAUAGGCGAUCAAGGACAGGUUCGUUCGACUUUAAUUUAUCUCAAUUCGCCAUCCUUUCCUUGAUACUCGUCGUCGUCGGACUUUAUAUACUGACCCUAGCUAUCAAGGUUGUUACACAUGUAGAUUAAGAAGAAAGAAGUGUGAUGAAGGCGCCAUAGCCUGUAGUGCUUGUAAGCAUCUCGGUUUACGAUGUGAAUACAAGAGACCCGGAUGGUGGGGAAACAAUGAGUUGCGCCGCCAACAAAAAGAAGUUAUCAAGACCAUCAUCAAGAGAAAGAAGCUUACCGAGAAGACCACCGCAUCAUCUCAAGCUCAGUCACAACAAGUUAUGGCAUCAAGUAUCGAUACCCCUCCCGGACUUUCACACUCUCUUCCUACCUCCGCAACUUAUUCCGAUUCCUUGGACCGCAAUCGAUCAUCGUCAAUCGAUUCUCAAUUAUCCCUCUUUGAUUUCAAUGUUCCUCCAAUGGUCGAUUACACUACCUACAACACGCAAAUGCAUUCAUCGCAUGCUCAGUACGCAACAAUGUACCCUGAAUACUCACCAUAUGAAAUCGAUGUAAAGACGGAACGACAGAUGUUUGUUAAUGAUGUUCCUACUCAUCGCGAAUCAACCAUUUCGACCUUUAGCACGUUCCACCCACCACCGCCACCCAAUUCCUUGCUACCAUCCUUCCCUAUUGAUCACGAGUGGGAUACCGUCUACAAUGAGCGUCAUGAGGUUCUGGCAGAAGAAGCAUUGAACAUGAAUCUUUUCGACUUUUCACACGGUCCACCAUCUACAUAUAGACAAGUUGCUAUUGAAUUGGACGAGAGUGAUCAAAGACUCCUCGAUCACUUUGUCUCCGAUGUUUUACCUACCAUAUUCCCAAUUCUUGAAACUAAUCAACAUGGUUCCGCACGAACAGAUUACAUCCUCCCAGCACUCCAGAGCAACAAAUGCUACUUACAUUGCUGUCUUAGCAUUUCUGCUCAACACUUCAAAUCCACCAUGAAUAUUCAAGGUGAUCAAAUCGAUAACGAUAUCAUGCGUCACCGUUACGCAACUAUCUCUGAACUCUGCGACGCUCUCAACCGCGACACAGAUCACGUAUCGAUAUUGGAAGCUACUUUGGGAAUGAUCUUCUUUCAAUGCUCAGUAGGUCGAUUUGACGACUCUCUACCAGACAUUCCAUGGCACCAACAUUUCCAAGCUGCCAUUUCUCUUGUUCAAAAACUUGAAUUACCUCGUCUAGUCGCCGAAUCGCAUGAUCUGAUGUCCUUCAACAUGACUCUGACUGCUUGGAUUGAUAUCCUCGGUUCCACCAUGCAAGGCCGUGCACCAACAUUCGCUCACACUUACAGAGAAAAGCACUUGUCGCAAACCAACUCAUCUUUGGGAUUGAGAGAGCUCAUGGGCUGUGAAGAUCGCGUGUUAUAUCUCAUCUCCGAAAUCGCUUGCUUAGAAGCUCUCAAGAAUGAUGGCAUGGAUGACAUUCAGCUUUGCCAACAUGUUCAUGCUUUAGGUGAUCAAAUCGGUCUCACGGAGAUUGGUGAAAUGGGACCAAGAUUCCCAUAUAAUGCCCAUGGUGUUCUGAGCCCAAAGCAAUUGAGCAGAAAUAUGACGGCCGCUUUCCGUCUCGCCGCUCGUAUCUACCUUUGCAGUCUCGUUCCCGGUUUCUCCCCAACUCAAGAUAGCUGUGUUGGUUUGGUUGCAAAACUGACUCAAGCUCUUGAAUUCAUCCCAGCCGGACCCAUCGGUUUUGACCGCAGUCUCGUAUGGGUUUAUCUCAUUGGAGGAUCCGUCAGUACUGCCAACUCACCCUUCCGUCAUCAUUUUGCCGAUCGUCUCGCUGCUCUUGGAGAUCUUGCCAACCAAGGAAGUUUCGGUCGCGUAACCACCCUUCUCCAAGAAGUUUGGUCACAUGUCGAUGGACGAUACAGCCCUGGUGGUGGUGAUGCACAUUAUGUCUCCUGGAGAGACGUUAUGCAGAUGAAGGGCUGGGAUUUCUUGUUGAUCUAGAUUCCUAGCUUGAGGAUCUUUCACUGGUUUGGAAGAUUUACCAAAACUUCAUUUUCGCAGUGCUACGAUACAGAUAAAUGUACUGUAUCGUAAUCAUCACGCCGGGCAUUGAGCCCAUCCUCAUGGACCUAGCUCUUACUAGAACCAAGAGAAGACGAGACUUUAUGAGACAUCGAGGAUUAUGGAUAGCAACAUGAGCUAUGAGAACGAGAUACGGUGUCAAGAGUUAAGAAUUAUUGAGAUCAACGAUAUGAUUGAUAGCACUGCACGAGGAAUUAUACAAAGAUCACAACGAGAAGACGCGAGAUGCAUAGCAAGGAUUUAAGGUUUUCAUUCUAAUUUUACAUACGGGAUACUCACUGCAUUAUCAUUAUCAUUAUCAUCAUUCAGUAUACCCCAUUCCCUUACAACGGCGUUACGGCACUUUAAGAAAGAUAUAUUUGGAAUCACGAGGUUAUUGAACGGAGGCGGGGGGCAAAGGGGGUCAAACAAUCGGAGAGGAGGAAAUACCAACACUAGCACUAGGCGUUCAGCGGCAUUUUGAUUUUUUUUAUUACUACAUACCAUUUGGUCGCUUCGCGUCCAAUACUUACUUAGCUUUCUAUCAUUGAUGUAUAUUAUUUAACCAGUGGAAUUUCGGGAGCGAGAAGAAAUGGAGGCUUCUAUCUCGAUUCCACAUCGUGUUUCUAUACCCUUUUUCGGGGAAAGGGGAAGGGGUUUGAAGAAGCUUCUAUCUAGGCUUGGAUUUAUUGGCAUGUUUAUAGUGUUGUAUAGGGCUUUUUUGAAUAUGGGUUGAGCGCUCACGCUGCUCCCCGAUUGA